AUGGCCGCCGCGACGAUUCUCCCGCUGGAGCUCGUUGAUCGAUGCAUCGGCAGCUCGAUCUGGGUCGUGAUGAAAGGCCAGCGUGAAUUUGUCGGGAAGCUGCUUGGCUUCGACGACUAUGUUAACAUGGUCCUGGAAGACGUGACGGAAUACGAAAACACCGCCGAGGGGUACAAAAAGACGCACUUGGCCAAGACGCUGCUCAACGGCAACAACAUCUGCGCGCUGAUCCCUGGUGGCCAAGGCCCUGAGGCAUGA